UUUCUCUCAUGAGAAACACAGGAGAGGAAAGACUGCUUUGAAAAAGACGUGAACGAGCAAAACCUGUCAAAUAAUUCAACUGCUAAGCAUCUGUGCAUGGACAUGUGUGUUCCUGUCACUCACACAUGUAUUCAUACACGCACACACACAGGUGGCUUUUGGCAUCUAGAAAGAGACUGGCUAGGCUUGGAACUUGAAUCAUCAGCAGAGCAGUAACAGAAAACCAUUGCUGGGUGAAAACCAACUUUCUCUUGUGGCUUAGGAAGGGAAAGAACCUUCACCUCAUAAGCUCUGCGGUCUUGGGUUUGGAGUCCAGAUACCAUGUUUCCCUCCCAAUUGCUGGUGUUCUGUUGCUUCCAGCUUGUGCUUUCAAAGUGGAGCAUGGCUGCGCCAACUACUACAAACUUAUUCUUCUACCAACAAUACCUCAAUGGCAAGGGCAACAAAGACAGUUAUUACAAUAAUAUGAACCUCCAUGUGGACUCUACAUUUUCAUCUGUGUUUGCACUUCGCGGGGGGAAUGCCACCCUGCCAUGCAGGUUUUGGUACAAGCCUGAGCUCGGUUCCCCCAGGGAAGUGCGAAUUAAGUGGUCCAGGUUUCCUGUUGCAGGGGGACCCCAGACAGACGUUCUGGUGGCUGUGGGUUCACGCAAUCGAAUCUUUAGAGAAUUCAGAGGACGGGUGCGGCUCAGACAGGAUUUUGCAGAAGAUGCUUCACUGGACAUGACUCAACUCGGACUUAACGACUCAGGUCGUUAUGUCUGUGAAGUGGUGGAUGGACUGGAGGACAAGCGAACUACAGUGGAUCUUGAAUUAAGAGGUGUAGUGUUUCCAUACCAACAUCCACUCGGGCGUUACUACCUCAGCUUUAUGGAGGCUCAACAGGUGUGUGAGAAGCAGGACGCCACACUGGCCACAUUUACUCAGCUCUUCCAUUCCUGGGAGGACGGCCUGAACUGGUGCAAUGCAGGUUGGCUGGCUGAUGGGACGGUUCAGUACCCCAUCACCCAGCCCAGGGCACCAUGCGGAGGAUACGAGCUAGCUCCGGGAAUUCGGAACUACGGCAGGCGCCAGCUGACCAACCAUCGCUAUGAUGCGUUCUGCUUUUCCUCAUUCAUGAAAGGGCAAGUCUACUAUUUUCAGCCUUUCCACAAGAUGAACCUGACCGAGGCUCGACAGGCCUGUGAAACAGACAAAGCGCAGAUUGCUAAAGUGGGACAGCUCUAUGCCGCAUGGAAAUAUACCGGAUUGGACGAGUGCAAUGGCGGCUGGUUGGAUGAUGGAAGUGUUCGGUAUCCCAUCACCAGGCCAAGAAAAAAUUGUGGGCCUUCCGAGCCAGGAGUACGCAACUUUGGUUUCCUGCCUCCUCAAGACAAGUGGGGAGUUUAUUGCUACAAAGAAAAGAGUUAAACUAUCAUAUCAUUUACAUUAUUCUCAUGGCUAUAUUGUAAUGACCUCUGCCCAUAGGUGAAACCUAUGGAAGGAGUUUAUGUAAUUCGUCGUGUCUUUCUGUUUGUUUGUGUGUAUGUUAGUGUUCAAGAUAACUAAAGAAUGAAUAAAGGAAUCAAACUUGCAGGAUAUGUUUAUGUUUAUAAAAUGAAGAAGUGUGUCAAUUAUGAGGCAAUAGGGUCAAAGGUCACACAAGUUAGAAAAGGAAUUUCAGGAUAACUCCUUUCAUAC